AUGUUGUUUGCUCAGUCUGGUCAUGUUUCUACUGUCAAGUAUUUUCUUGAUCAUGGUGGUGAUCUCGUGAAAGGAGAUAACAAAGGACAGACAGUUCUCCACCAUGCUAUGUGUAUAGGAUGCUGCAAUGUGACAGAGUUCCUCCUGUCAAAAGGACUGCCUGUUGACAUAGACCGUGGCCAUGGAACACCACUCUACAUGGCUGCUUUAAAUGAGCAGGAUAAGACAGUGAAGAUUUUGUUGGACUACCACGCAAAUCCUAACAUCAUUAUCAACGGUGCUAACAGUCUCCUUAUGAGUGCUCUUGUUUACCGUUCAUUGAAGUGCAUGAAGCUACUCAUUAAGGCUGGUGCCGAUGUUGAUUGCAAGGGUUCCAUUGCGACUCCUUUAGUGCUCGCUACGAUGCUAGGAGGUUAUACCAACUACAUUAAGCUCUUAUUGAAGGCUGGAGUAGAUCCUAAUAUUCCCGAUGAUUUGGGUAGGUUGCCAGUAGAGCUUGCUGCGAUAUGUGAUUACAUGGAAGAGGUUGAAAUGUUGUUUCCUGUGACUUCUCCAAUUCCAAAUGUCCCAAACUGGAGUAUUGAAGGAGUAAUUUCUCAUGCAAAGAUUGAAGAAAAGAAGUCAAUUGAGCAACGACACCUUGAAAGAAGAAAAAGUUUGUUCAAGUCACAUGCUGAUAAGGCAUUCAAGCAGAAGGACUAUAAGAUGGCAACAAAGUGGUCAAAAGUGGCAAUAGAGCAUACAGAGAGUGUAACACUGUAUGCAAACAGGAGUCUUUGCAAACUGCUCAUGGAUGAUGGUGAAGGUGCUUUGUCAGAUGCUCUCAUGUGCAGAAUGCUGCGACCUGAUUGGGCAAAAGCUUGCUACCGUCAAGGUGCAGCUCACAUGCUACUCAAGGAGUAUAAACAAGCCUGUGAUGCUCUCUUGGACGCACAAAAUUUGGAUCCUGGGAAUGCCAAAAUUGAGGGUGAACUACGGAAGGCUAGGGAACUGAUGAAGAACCCUCCGGGUGAAGGCGAGCAAUGA